AUGGAGCCCGUAAUUUCUGUCACCGCCAGAUGUGAAAUUCGUGCUGUGAUUAGACUUUUGCACGCGAAAAAGUUAGAACCUAUAGACAUUUAUCGCCAAUUGAGUGAAAUUUAUGUUCAAAAGUGCAUCAGCGUUCAACACGUCCGCAAAUGGUGUAGGGAGUUCUCGAACGGUUGCACAGACAUCCACGACGAAAAACGAAGCGGAAGGUUGUCAAUCUCAGAUGAAACUGUUGAAAAGAUUGAGCGAAUUUUGCUCGAAGACCGAAAAAUCUCGAUCAAGGAAAUGGCUCUUCGGGUUACCGAGGUUUCCGAAGCUUCCACCAAAAGGAUUUUGACCGAGAAAUUGGAUUAUCACAAGAUUUGUGCGCGCUGGGUUCCACACAUGCUUACAGCAGAACAGAAACAGCAACGGGUCGACUGUGCCCAUAUGUGUUUCUUCAAGAAUGCAUCGAAAACACCGAGGAAUUCUUAG